AUGGUUUGGCAACACGGUGACCACCAUCACAUCCCGAACAAGCACAAGGUCCCCAGCCUCGGCGACUGGCUCCCGGCAGACCACCGCGUGCACCACGAGUGGCUGCGCCGCCAGGUCAAGCACGUCGACGAGAACCCGGGCAGGGCCCUGUCCCCGGCCCUGCAGGAGUUCAAGGACUUCAUCGAGGGCGAGCCGCGCAUCUUCAUGUACUUCUCCCAGAUGUGGGACGAGGUGCCCAACCGCCCCCCUUACUGCGACGACCCCGUCGGCAACAAGCAGAUCCGCGACUACGGCCACAUGCUCGACGUGCUCAACCACACCUUUGCCUUUGCGCCGCUGUGGACCGACGCCGCCGAGAGCGUGGGCAUGGUCGGCGUGCCCAUGUGCGCCGUGUUUGACUAUGUCAUGGGGACGCCUAGUGGACAUGCGGCUUUCUUGGACCCGGAUGUGAACAGGAUGCUCAAGAAGGUGCUGAAUGCGUGGGGCAAGUACUUGACUACACCCGAGUCUGCAGAGGUCCUGGGCGACCACGACGCCGGCUGGUUCGGCAAGACGGGCUACAGCGACCUGAUGGCCGUCGCCAACGCCCCCUACAAGACCGACCACAAGUUCGAGGACGUGUUUGUGUGCGAUCCGUCCAAGAAGCACUACGGAUUCAAGUCGUGGGACGACUUCUUCACCCGCCAGAUCCGCGACUCGGCCCGGCCCGUCGCCUCCCCGGACGACGACAGCGUCAUCGCCAACGCCUGCGAGAGCAAGGUCUUCAACCUCGUGCGCGGCGCCAGGCUGCGCGACCGCUUCUUCAUCAAGGGCCAGCCCUACUCGGUGCUCGACAUGCUCGCCCACGACCCCCUGGCCGCGCGCCACUUCGCCGCCGCCACCGUCUACCAGGCCUUCCUGUCCGCGCUGUCCUACCACCGCUGGCACGCCCCCGUGUCCGGCAGGAUCGUGCGCGCCUUCGUCAGGGACGGGACCUACUUCUCCGAGCCGCUGUUCGAGGGCGUGGGCGACCCGGAGAACGCGGCCAAGCGGGAGGACGCCAUCGACGUCCGGGGCAUCACGGCGGCGCAGGGCUACCUCACGGCGCUGGCCACGCGGGCCGUCAUCUUCAUCGAGGCGGACAACCCGGCCGUCGGCCUCAUGGCCUUUAUCGGCGUCGGCAUGGACGAGGUCAGCACGUGCGAGAUCACGGUGAAAGAAGGGCAGAGGGUCAAGAAGGGCCAGGAGCUGGGCAUGUUCCACUUCGGCGGGUCGACGCACUGCCUGCUGUUCCGCGAGGGCGUCCAGGUCGACGGGUUCCCGCGGCCGGGCAGGGCGGAGAACGUGCCCGUCCGGGGGAAGCUUGCCGUCGUUCACAGGUGA